AUGACAGUCAGAAAAUGAGGGGAGAGGUUCACAGUCAGUUAGAAGAGAGCAUUCGUCCAUACAUUGAUCCGAUUGACACUCUGCGGUCAGUUGGCAUUCAUAAGGACUUGGCGUUACCGACUAUUGUAGUGAUCGGAGACCAGAGUUCUGGAAAAAGCUCUGUGUUGGAAGCAUUGUCUGGAGUUGCGUUACCAAGAGGGAGUGGAAUUGUGACCAGAUGUCCAUUAGAGCUGAGGCUGAAGAAGGUUCCAAGAGUCAACUGGAAGGAUGUUUUAACUUACGAUAAGAAAACAGAUGAAUCAGUGAAUCUUUUUGCAGGUCCUAUUAAACCCAGCAAACUGGUGAGUGGAAAGGUAGCACAGUCAGCUCCCAAUGAGAAGAAAAUUUAAUUUGCAGAUCCUUCAUUAGUUGAAGAACAUGUUGCAGCAGGUUAGUAAGACUGCU